CCGGGAAUCCGACGUGGAAGUCGCUGGCUGACCAGGCUUGCGAGCGAACCGCCUCGGAGCCUCAGCCGCAGCCAACGCGAGCGGAGGUGGCGGCGCCGAGGCGCGGACGGUGGUCGCUGCCGAGCCUGUCUCUGAGGAUCGGCGAGGGCAGACACGCGGUUCACCAUGGGCGGCUUUUUCUCAAGUAUUUUUUCCAGUCUGUUUGGAACCCGGGAAAUGAGGAUUUUAAUUUUGGGAUUAGAUGGAGCAGGAAAAACCACAAUUUUGUACAGAUUACAAGUUGGAGAAGUCGUUACUACUAUUCCUACCAUAGGAUUUAAUGUAGAGACGGUGACAUACAAAAAUCUUAAAUUCCAAGUCUGGGAUUUAGGAGGACAGACAAGUAUCAGGCCAUACUGGAGAUGUUAUUAUUCAAACACAGAUGCAGUCAUUUACGUAGUAGACAGUUGUGACCGAGACCGAAUUGGCAUUUCUAAGUCAGAGUUAGUUGCCAUGUUAGAGGAAGAAGAGCUGAGAAAAGCCAUUUUAGUGGUGUUUGCAAAUAAGCAGGACAUGGAACAGGCCAUGACUCCUUCAGAGAUGGCAAAUUCACUUGGAUUACCUGCCUUGAAGGACCGAAAAUGGCAAAUAUUCAAAACGUCAGCAACCAAAGGCACAGGCCUUGAUGAGGCAAUGGAAUGGUUAGUUGAAACAUUAAAAAGCAGACAGUAAUUCAAUCACUUCAGCUCCUGUGAAAUGAAAGCUACAUCACUUAUCCCUUUAGAAACAGGUGUGUUUCAUACUACUAAAUGUUAAAACUGUAUGAUCGUUGGCAUAUACUGAACUGACUGCAACGUUUGUAAUAAAUAUAAAAAAUAAGUAUUUGGUUGGAGGGGGUAACUUGGUUGAAUUACCUGAAUGUUCUGUGUAACUUAAAAUAUUUCUUCCUUGCUUUCUUGUAUUGAGGUAUCUAUUCUAUUUGUAUGGAAUUCUUAUUCAAAUAUAGUCCUAUUAAAGAAUGCACACUCAUUGGGGAAAAAAUAUCUCCUAUUUUUGAAUUGGUAAUUGCAGCUUGUUUGUAUUAACACUAACAAAUAAUUUAGAAUUUUUCCCCUUAAAAUGAAUUGUCUUUCCAAAGAUUACACUCAAUAGAGUAGUCUUAGGAACAUGUGCAUGUGAUAGUCUUCAUUUGCUUAACUGACCUCUUUAUAUUAAGCUGUUUCAUUUAGAAGCUUUUGGUUAUAGGCAUGAACAUUACUUUGGUGGCUGUAUUAGUCCAUUUCUGUUGCUUAUAACAAAAUAUGUGGAACUGGGUGAUUUAUAAAGAAGAUUAAAUUUAUUGCUUACAGUUUCUUAGGCUGGGAUGUCUAAAGUCCAGGGAACACAUCUGGUGAGAGCCUUGGCGGUGGAAACAGUGAUGGCAGAGUAUCACAUUGCGAAAAUGGUGCAGCAGAUUGCAGAGAGUCUCCUCUCUUCUUUUAAAGCUCUCAGAAACACACCCCUGACCACCCUUUUUAAUCCAUUCACUACUGCAUGGUCCUACAAUCUAAGCACCUCUUCAAGGCUCUACCUUUCAAUUACCAUAGUAGGAUUUCCCACCCUUUUAACAGUCACAGUGGGGACCAAGUUUCUAAUACCUAAAACUUGGGGGACACAAUUCAAGCUUCAGUGAGUUUUGGGGGGACAUAAUUCAAUCCACUAUAGUGGUUAACUUCACUGACUUCUCUGUGAUUGUCAUUUUAUAGUACUUUAUAGUUGUCAAAAAAAAUUUUUUACAUACAUUGACCUAAACAAUCUGUACAGGAACCCUGUGAAGUAGGACAGUUUAUAACGUUUUCACUUUAUGGACAUUGACCCAAGGUUUUGAUAGUUGGCUUGACCAAGGUCACCUACUAGUAAGGUGGAAAUAGGGUUCAAAGUGAGACUUUUGGGUCAGAAGCUUGUCUCAUAAACUACACUAUAUAUUCCUGAAAAUGCCAACGUUGACAACACAAUCUAACUCUUAAAUAAAAUUAUGCUAGUUAAAGUCAAAGUGCAUUCAAAAUAAUGCCUAUAAACUGACUUGUUUGUACUUGUAGAAGUGAUCAGUGACAAUAAAAACACUUUUAAAUGGUUAUAUUUGAUGGAGUUCACAACACAUUAAAGACAAAAAAAAUUCACAUUACAGGAAAUAAAAAAAGAUCUAUUUUAAGCAGCAUCAUAAAAGACGUCUACUAUUUUUCAUUCCUGUUAUUUACCUGUAUAUGUAAAUUUGAUUAGUUAAAAGUCAAAUCUUAUUGGUCCUACAGGGAGAAAUUAAGCAUUCUUGGUCUUAGAAAUUAGGCUUACUGGUAGGCUAUAAGUUUAAAAAACAAUUUAUGUUCAUAGGAACUUUUUGAACUACCCAGUCCACCACAGGAUCACUACAGUGUGACAUAAGUAAAUACUGUCCAUAAUAAUUACUAAAAUUUUUUUCACUUAAGUAAGUUGGACAACCAGCAUUUUAAAAAUUAGGUGCUGGUAAAGAGAGCUUAAUUAAAUACCAUUGUGCCCCUCAGGUCUCAGAAACACUAGUGUUUUAUUUCCUGGCCUCACUGUCCUUGCAGAUGUGGUCUCUGGCCUCUUCCCUUCACAUGCAUGUCUGGUCAUCCUCUUUGCUCAAAUGAAUGCAGCUUUCUCUUUUCACCUGUGGGACUCUAACUCUUCUUGCUCAUUCCCAAGCACCUAUUCCUAAUUUGUUCUCUUUUAAAUCUUUUUUUGGAUACCUUCUUCCUCCAGGCACAAGUGUUCCCAGUGCAACUAGUAUUACUCAUGACGGGCAGAGACAAUCUUUUUCAUAUUUAUGCCCCUAGUAUCCAGUACAGUGCCUGGCACAUUAUGGCACUUCAGAUUAUGUUCGUAGUUGAAAUAGUAUGAUGUGUGCUUGUCAGCUAGGAAAAUUGUACCUCUGUGAUUUAUACUUGAGUUCCAUUCUGGUCAGUGGCACAUGGCUGGCAAAUACUGGAUGAAACUGCAAAAAAACAAGUUCGCUCACACCCUGCGAUGCUAGGCUUUUACCUGAUUGGCUGAGUGCUCCCCAGCAGUUCAGGAACACUGCGAAAAACCCAAGUUUAGGGAAGUAAGGUCCCUGGCAAGCUGAUGCUGCCUAGCAUGGCAAGUCCUGAAUCCUGAGGGCAUAAGUGAGAUCAGCACUUGGAUGAACCUGAUCCCUCUGGUUUAUCACAAAGAAUAGGAUGGGAUAAAUAAGAUAUUUUAAUAGGGUAUACAUUAUAAGGUCCUUGUCUAGUAGAGAACUGCACAGGUAUGCUACCAGGGUUUGAAUGUUGAUAUUUACAAAAUAAAUCUAAAUAUCGUGAGAAGCCUGAUAAUGAGAAAAGCACCAAACGUGAAGUAAGAGCACAUGAAUUCUAGGUGCAAAUGGCUACUCCUUCAGUUUCUGUAAAACAAAUGAUACCAAAGGUUUCUUUCAGUUCUAACAUUCUGUUUCAUAACUGGUUAGUAGUUGUGCUGUUUAAUGUGAUCAUACUAAAAAAAAAAUGAGAAACAGUGGUGGGAUUCUGUUAUCUGAAUACUUGAGAUGCACUUUACUGGAAAUGUAAGCUCUUUGAGGGUAGAGACCAUAUCUUAUUUACUGUUAGUAUCUCAUGCAUUUAGUGUGGUGCACCUGGCACAUGGUAGGCACUCAAUAAAUAUUGAUUAAAAACA